AUGGCUCCGCCACGCUGGACUACCGCUGAGGAGGCCGGCUUCUUGCAGUCGAAGGUAGAUGCGUUCCGGUCACAUCAGCUCGCGCAAAAUCUUCAACGGUUCUGGCCCACGGUGUACCGUGAGUGGUUCUCCGCAUUCCCGGAGAAGGCUAGGGUCCUUCCGGGUGUCGACGGUGAGCUGUCAGAAGAUCAGAAUCAGCAAUUACAAAAGGCCAUUCAGUCCCGUCAAAAGCAAAUUUAUAACUGGUUCAAUAACCUGGCCAGUCAGCAAAAUCGUAAAGCCAAGUCGACGCGAGUGAACACGGACCUUUUCUUCAAGUCGAAAUCACGACGCAGCUUGAAAGACACUGAGGUUUAUUCCCGUAUGUACUAUGACGAGCGGGUCAAACCACUGGUGGAGAAGGAGAUAGCCAAGAAGAAGGUAGCCGGACACAUCGUUGCGAGAACUGAGAGGCUCCAGAUCAUCAAGGAUGUCACAGUGAAGGCGUUUGACAAGGAGAACGAGACCAUCAAGGCGGAAGUUCGAGCGCAGAUGCUUGCACGUCAGACGAUGGCCGGGAAUUCGACAGACGACGGCAGUGAGGGCGAGGAAGGAGCUGAUAAGGAGUCGCCGGAGAACGUCAUUGACGCUGUGAUGUGCCAAGCAGUGCUUGACGACCUACCUGCGAUUCUCCGACAAUUGUUCCUCGAGAUAUAUCGCAGAACCGGCUGGUACUUCUUGGUUCUUGCGGCUGGGGAGGUGCCUGGUUCUGAAGGUCAGAUCGAGAGCAUUGCAUUCCAUCAGGAAGGCGACGACGUCGAACACAACAUUGGCAGAAUGAGCAACUUCGUGCCUCAGUUCGUCCGACCUUUUCUUGAGUAUGUCAAAGAAGAGAUAUCUGACAUCCGCUCUCGUAAACAAUCGAAGAGCGCGAGCCCGCCUCUCACCAUUCCCACCCCAGGAAGUCCAGCGGCGUCCACGCCAGUGUCUUCGGUCCGGGAACCGAGCGCGACUCCUCAAGCACAACCCAACACUGAGCCGGUGCUCACCGACCUCAUGGAGCGGUCGCCGGUUACAGACCCCGCUGCGGUUGAUGCCUCUGAAGGCGAGGCCCAUGCCGCCCGCACCUCGUCCGAGAUGAAUACUCGUCCGGCAGAUCAUGACGUUGUUCCUCAUCCGCCCGCUGAGGCGCUAGUACUACCUUCUGCUGGCCAGCAUUUGUCGCUCUCCGCGCCUAAUACGACAGCGGUGAAUCAGACUUGGCAUGACAGACUUGUAAUGGACGAACCUGUAGUCGGCUCGCACGUGUCUAGCGAGUUGACAUCCGUGCCUGGGUUCUCUGAGGAGUUGGAGUUGCCGUACCAAAACGAGGACGACAUCGAUUAUUCUUCGAUCGACUUCUCGCUCCUCGACUUCCCUCCUGCAGACUUUUCGGCUGCCCAACCUGGAUCCACAUCUGGUGUCCCGCAAUUCCCCGUCCCUGCACCUGCGCCGACAGCCUUCUGGCCCGUGCAACCAGGUGGACUGAUGCAGAGCAACGACGUCGUCCGCGCCAACUCGAGCGCGAUGGCCUCCGUGGCCAUGCCGUUCUCCUCAGCGAACACCCCGUCUUCCGCGCCAGACAUCCCAUCAUGUCAAUUUCCCACCUGGGACCCCGUUCCACCGCGCUUUGAGCCGCCGGCCCCUGCAUCAUAUGCACCGGCACAUGGUCAGAGCAUGAGGGCAGCCAACCCUGGCAGCGCAGCGCAGGGAAACUUGCCUUUACGUUACCCCACUCCACAGCCUUCGUCUUCGUCGCUAUCUCAGACACCGACUCGCCUUCCUAUCGUGACACCUGGACUCUCGUCUAACGGAGUCGCUCCGGCCAAGGCUUCGAACACGAUGGCGAAGGCUGCCCAAUCAGCCGAUCCACGUAGAUCCCCCGCCCGCCGUGCCCACGGUAGCACCUACUACUUCGACCUCCACGGCGCGUCCGUCCCUGUCCACAUCGUCCCUGCCGCCCACCAUUUCAGCUCCUCCACUCAACCCACCCGGCCCAGCAACAGGACAAUCGUCUGGUGGAAACAGUGGCCAGACGGCCGGAGACAGCCCGCACGCGAAGACGCCGACAGCUAA